AUGUCUUCUUCUCAAGAAGAAAACACUUCAUUACUCUCCAGCAUUACUAAUAAAUUCUUCGCCUCUUCACCCUCUUCAAACUCAAAAAAACACCCAUCAAUUGAUAAUGGAACCAGAAUCAAUUCCGAAAUAAAAUCAGCCAAUAAAAAAUUAAAAAAAUCAUGCAAUACUCCAUAUAAUUACGCAAAACAUCACACUACACGCAGCAUGUCAAAAAAG